AUGCCCUGGGCCACGAACCCUCUCUUCAAGCCAGAAGAUUUUCCAGAGCCCAAACCAAAAGACGGGGCCGAUGUCGAGUCUGGCAACGAUGAUCCACGGCAACAGGUUCUCGAUAGCGUCCCGACCCGGUUCAAGGUGCCAAGCAGCAAGUUCACCGGUCACCAGAUCUUCUAUAUAAGCUUUAUCCUCGACGGCAUAGGCGCUGCUCUAGUUUCCGGCGGCAUCAACUUCGCUAUCGCCUACGCCAUGUACGCAACCGACGGAGUCACUGGCCCCAUCCGACUAUGGAAAUUCCCAAACACACUCGCCGGCGACGCAGCACUCACCACCUUCAUCCAGCUUCUCAUCACAUGGCACGUUGAACUCAUGCUCGUCAACCGCGACUUGAAGAAAGGUGGCGUGCAGCCCAUCGGCUUCAUCCCCGAGCCAAAGUGGUCCCUGGUUCGGUGGUACCUGUUCCUGGACCGCAAGGAGCAGACGCGCAAGGUUAGGAGCUGGCGGCACUGGCUGGCUUUCCUGCGGUCUCAGGUCGUCCGGGCGCUGUUGCUGGCCGUGGUGUUCUUCCCCAUCGUCUGGGGUCCCAGCGUCGGGUUUCUGAGGCUUGUUGGUCAGAGGCAGGGCGACGACUGGUAUUAUAAGAAAGAGUGGGUGCCGCAGAUUUUCAAGCUGAUUCAGGGAGCUGCGCUGGGACUGUUGACCACACCACUCAUAGUCAUGUUCUGGCUCACCAGGUGCGGUUGGGCAUUGCGGAACCACGAGGAGCGCUAUGGUGAACGGUGA